UCCCACUCUUUCUCUGUUUCUGCCGGAGUGCGGCACGCCGGCGCGGUGAACCUCCAGCUAUGCUCCAAAACGAAGACGUUCGCUUCACUUCAUCUUCUAUAAAACUCCCUCUGUUCUCUCCUCCUCAUCUACACCUCCGUACCCCAAACCCAUUCUUCGCCAAUCUACACUUAGUUGUACAAAAUUUUCCCAAAUUCCCACACCCAUUUCGUCAAAAUCUCAACCCCACAGCUGCAUUUUUGCGAACUUUAUCCAAAUUCCAACACCCAUUUCAUCAAAAGUUCAAUCCCCAAAAUGCAAUUCUGCAAUUUUUAAGAAAACCCAUCAUCCCAUUUUCCUGGAAUUUAUCAAAUACAUCUCCUUUACUUUGCUGUGCAUCAAUCGCGUUGAGUCAGAGCAACUUGGAUGACUCAGCUCCGUCGUUGGGCACGAAAACCGGGAGUGGGAAUGAGGAGAGAGUUCUGAUAAGUGAAGUGUUAGUGCGAAGCAAAGAUGGUGAAGAACUUGAACGGAAGGAUUUGGAGAGUGAGGUAUUGAAUGCUCUCAAAGCUUGCCGACCCAAUUCGGCGCUUACUGUGCAAGAGGUGCAAGAAGAUGUGCAUAGGAUCAUUGCUAGUGGCUACUUUUGCUCUUGUAUGCCUGUUGCUGUGGAUACUAGAGACGGUAUUCGUUUGGUAUUCCAGGUAGAACCAAACCAAGAGUUCCAUGGUUUGGUAUGUGAAGGAGCCAAUGUGCUUCCAGCAAGGUUUAUAGAGGAUUCUUUUCGAGAUGGAUAUGGAAAAAUUGUUAAUAUCAAGCGGAUAGAUGAAAUAAUAAGCUCUAUUAAUGGUUGGUACAUGGAGCGGGGUCUUUUUGGAGCGGUAUCGGGCGUAGAAAUGCUCUCUGGAGGUAUGAUUAAGCUAGAGGUUUCUGAAGCAGAGGUGAAUAACAUAGCCAUCCGUUUCCUUGAUAAGACUGGUGAGCCAACUGUAGGGAAAACAAGGCCUGAAACUAUACUUCGGCAACUUACUACAAAGAAAGGGCAGGUUUACAGCAUGCUUCAAGGGAAAAGAGAUGUGGACACUGUCUUAGCUAUGGGCAUUAUGGAAGAUGUUAGCAUUAUUCCCCAACCUGCUGGAGACACUGGUAAGGUAGACUUAGUUAUGAAUGUUGUCGAGCGCAAGAGUGGGGGUGGUAUUUCUGCCGGUGGUGGAAUUUCAAGUGGGAUCACAAGUGGACCCCUUGCUGGAUUGAUUGGCAGUUGUGCCAUAUACCACAAGAAUCUUUUUGGGAGAAAUCAAAAGUUGAAUUUGUCACUAGAGCGGGGACAAGUUGACUCAGUCUUUCGGAUAAAUUAUACAGAUCCAUGGAUUGAAGGAGAUGAUAAGAGAACUUCAAGAUCAAUUAUGAUACAGAAUUCGAGGACACCUGGCACACUUGUUCAUAACCAACCCGAUGGUAGCCUGACGAUAGGACGUGUCACAGCCAGGAUUGAAUACAGUCGGCCGUUCAGGCCAAAGUGGAACGGGACUGCUGGAAUCAUAUUUCAGCGUGCUGGUGCUCGGGAUGACAAGGGGAGUCCUAUUAUAAGGGAUUACUACAGUAGCCCACUUACUGCAAGUGGCAAUACUCAUGAUGAUAUGUUACUUGCUAAACUCGAGACUGUCUAUACUGGUUCCGGUGACCCUGGUUCUUCAGUGUUUGUUUUCAACAUGGAUCAGGGACUUCCUGUGUGGUCAGACUGGUUAGUUUUCAACAGAGUCAAUGCUCGUGCUAGAAAAGGAUUGGCAUUAGGUCCUAUGCAUCUUCUCCUUAGCUUCUCUGGUGGUCACGUGGUUGGUAAUUUUCCGCCUCAUGAAGCAUUUGCGAUUGGUGGAACCAACAGUGUAAGAGGAUAUGAAGAAGGGGCAGUUGGCUCCAGCCGGUCUUAUGUGGUUGGCUGUGGUGAAAUUUCAUUCCCUCUGAUGGGGCCAGUAGAAGGGGCUGUAUUUGCUGAUUAUGGUUCAGACCUUGGAUCUGGUCCAAGUGUUCCUGGUGAUCCUGCUGGACCAAGGCGAAAACCUGGAAGUGGAUAUGGAUGUGGGGUUGGUAUUCGCGUAGACUCUCCAUUGGGACCUUUAAGACUGGAGUACGCCUUCAAUGACCAGCGGACUGGGAGGUUUCACUUUGGGGUUGGGUUAAGGAACUGAUACUAUUAGGAUCUGCAAUAUUUGGUGAUCCAUCAUAUUGUUCAUUUUUUUCUUGCCACCUUUCCAGUGGUUACAGAUGACAGAAAUAACAAAGCAGAAAUUUGAA